AAGGGCCAGAAGCCUUCACGAGGCUAUGUGGACCACAUUGUCUACGUAUGUGCAGGCCUGGGAAUGUACAUCCCCAGAAGGCCACAUCAGGAAUGAAUGUUGCCUCCAGGUGCUCAACUGUGUGGAAGAGACCCCAGAGGGCUCACAAUACACCAGCUGGGCCUAUGGCAACACUGGGGUCUACCUGUCCUCCACCGUGUGCCCCACCCGGGAGAACGCCCCGCCUCAGGCCUCAGAGGAUUCCUAUGCAAGAGGCACCUUCGUAGAGACCUUAAUGACACAGCAACUGAGUUCGAACCUGCUGACACUGGGACCGGCUGUGCCUUCCUCCACUCCUGUCCCCAGCAGUGCCUCCGGGGCCCCCGACUUUCCUGGGGGCUUCUUUUCUCCCACUGGAAGCCCCCCCAAUGCAACUGCCUAUUCCUCCACCAACCUUCAUGGAACCCUGCCCCUGGCCACCUGUGACGCCAGGGAGUGCGUGACCUGCGAAGUGACAGCCACUCCGCAGUGGUACGCGUGCAAUGCCGAUGAUCAGACCAUGAAUAGGCAGAAGAGGCCCAAAAAGCGCCCGAAGGUCAGCAAGCAGGCAGGUGCCCAGUGCACCAACUGCCAGACAACCAUCCCGGCAGUGUGUCAGGUGAAUGCCAAUGGAGAUCCAGUGUGCAAUGCUUGCGGACUCUAUUACAAGCGACACCAGGUGAAUGUCGCCCAACCACUGACCAUGCAGAAGGAUGGUGCAAAGACUAGAAAGCACAAGUCAUCACAUAAGAAAAAGAAGAAGCCAGCGUCGAGUCUGGGAGGCGCAGGACCAGCUGAUGCACCAGCCGGUGGCUUCAUGGUGGUGGCUGGGGGAAGCGAUGGUGGGAAUUCUGGGGAAGUGGCCUCAGGCUUGGCAUUGGGCCCGCCUGGCACUGCUCAUCUCUACCAAGGCCUGGGCCCCGUGGUGCUGUCAGGGCCUGUCAGCCCCCUCAUGCCUUUCCCCGGGCCCCUGUUGGGUUCACCCACGGGCUCCUUCCCCACAGGCCUCAUGCCUCCCACCACCAGCACUGUGGAGGCGCCACUCAGCCAGUGAGCAUGGCCAGCAGUAGAGCCAGCAGUCUCUACAACCCACCCUCUGGGUCCCCCAAACCUUUUUGUCUGGAUUGUCAAAGAUUUGUGAAAUAAAGUACCCAU